GAUGAAACUGACAAUCCUAUUGCUUUUAUUUGUCAAAUCUUUUUCCAUGAGUACAAUUUUUCAAUUGCAAAAUUACAACGAAACAAAUGAACUUGAGAAUGAAAUGACAAGUCUCAUAAAAUUAUUGCUGCAUAUAAAAAAUAAUUACUUCGAGGAUCGUCCCAUCUUUGUAAAAUAUGAUUCUAAUAUCGAAAAACAUCACCCUGUAGAUUUUAAGCGUUUUUCAAAAGAGUUUUCAGCUUCCUUUGUUCAGGAACAAGUCGAUCCAUCGUCACCGAAAAAAUUACAGCGUUUAAAACAUGUUAACUGUAAUUAUAUUAUUUUUAUGGAAAAAUUAAAUUCAGUGAAAUAUUUCAUUGAGCCCAACUCGAAGAGUAAGAUUGUUUUAAUUACCAUUGAUACAUCUUGGACUGUCAAGGAUUUUCUGAAAAGCCAUUUGUCGAGAUUUUAUGCGAAUCUUUUAAUCUUAACUCACUCCUUAAGUCGACGAGCCGAUAAAUCAACUUAUUUGCUCUACACUCAUAAACUUUAUUCGGAUGGAAGUGGUGCAAGUGAACCGAUUUUACUGUCAGCUUGGAACUCGAAUUUUCUGACCCAGCCAGAACAGAAUUUGUUUCCAGAGAAGCUGAGUGAAGGAUUCAAAGGUCACCGACUACUUGUUUCAACAGCGCACAGGCCUCCGUUUACAAUGCGAAAAACAAUUCUGGGAAUCUAUGAUACGGCAUGGGAUGGAAUCGAAAUCAGAGUUUUACGAUUGCUGGGUGAUAAUCUAGGUUUCGUUGCGGAAUUUAGAGAUCCCGUAUCAUCAAAGUACAGCGAAAUUGAGUCCAUAAUAAAUGACAUUUCUGAAGAUGAUGCACCUGUUGCUGUGGGUGGAAUUUAUCAGACACCAGAUCUACUAUCACAUUUUGAUGCUCCUUUCUCAUACAUGCAAGACUGUGCAUCUUUUAUAUCUCUAUCUUCUACAGCCUUACCCAAAUAUCGCGCUGUUCUGAGGCCAUUUCAAGACACAGUAUGGAUACUUUUGUGUGUUGUUUACAUUAUUGCUAUAAUUCCGUUGACAAUGAACACCGAUUACACUUUAAUAUCGCUGAUUAAGCGACCAACCCGAUUAAACCAUAUGUUUUGGUUCGUGUUCUGCACAUUCACUAACGCUUUCGACAUAAAAAGUCCAUUGCUAACCAAAGGGAUAGGGAAACAUCCAACUUCAAUUUUGAUUGGAAUUUAUUGGAUAUUCACAAUAAUCAUUACAACGUGUUAUACGGGUUCUGUCAUUGCUUUUAUUACAAUACCGGAUUAUCCUCCUGCAAUUGAAAGUGCUGCACACCUUGUAAAAAAACGAUAUAGAAUUGCUACUUUAGAUCGCGAUGGUUGGGAAAAAUGGUUUACAUCUGAAAAUAUGGAAGAUUCGGUUGCUAAAAACUUACUAAAAUCAGUCGAACUGGUUCCUAGUAUUUCUGACGGUGUGAGAAAUGCGAGUCGAGCUUUCUUCUGGCCUUAUGCUUUUUUGGGUUCACGCACUGCUCUCGAAUAUUCCGUACAGACAAAUUUAUCUCAAAAUUGGAAGACUAAAAGGUCACUCCUGCACAUUAGUGAUGAAUGUUUUGUGAGAUUUGGAGUCAGUAUUGUUUUGAAAUCUCAGUCUUUCUACACUGAGCCAUUCAAUAAAGUAAUUCUUCGGGCAAAACAAAGUGGAUUGAUUCGUAAGAUUCAGAGAGACAUUGAAUGGGAUGUGCAAAGGUCAAGCACGGGAAAAUUCCUUCAGGUUAUCAAAGGAUUUACAUAUUCUAUACCAAUCGAAGAAAAAGAAUUGGCCUUGGAUGAUACACAAGGAAUGUUUUUAAUUCUAGGCUCAGGUUUUUUAAUUGCAAUACUUUCAAUUUUGACUGAGUACGUUUAUCACCUGAUUAUGACAGAUUGUUGUAAAAAAUCGAACAUUGAAAUCAUUGAAGAUAUUGAUGAAAGGAGGAAGUGGAUGGAUUGGUCACCAAGUUUAACGAAUGAUAUGAUUAUGUCAAUUAGACACCUUUCUACCAGAAAUAGUAUAUAGAAUGGACAGUAUUGACGUAACAUAAAGCUUUAGAGAAUCUUAUUUUUUCUUUUAAAAAGUCUCUCUUUAUAAUUCUAUAAAAUAAUUGUCAGAAUCGACUAA